CAGCGGCCCCGGCGCAGGAGGAGGCGCCGUGCGCGGCCCGAGUCCCCGGGCGCUGCCGCCGGUGAGGGGACAGCGGCGGCUCCGCGCUCCCGGCGGCUCCGCUCCGCUCCCGGCUCAGGUCUUGCAUGCUGUGACACAAAGAUCUCAUCGCCUGGUGCGCUAUGUUCAUGUUUUGAAAUCAAGAUUGAUUAGCCAACACGAGAAGACCCAGCUGGUUAUGUGACUCAGAACCCUGUUUAUGAAGCACUCGCUCAUUUUUACAAGACAACUAAAUCAAAGGAAUGUUGAGGUUUGAAGCUGUAAAGGAGAGGGCUGGUAGAGGUUCAGUUUUGUUAAUUGAACAAGGUCCAGAGGAAGAAAUGACCAUGUAGAUUCUACAGCUUGGGUGCAACAUAAUGGGAAAUGGUGAAUGGAGUGGAGCUGGUCUGCAGCCUUGAGAGCAGCCGUUCUGUGACCUCCAGCCAGUCAGGGACACCCUCCACGCCAGAGGCAUCCUCCACCUCGCUCGCCGGACACACGCGGGAUUCUUUUUAAUUUCUCCGCUUGGAAUUCGAGAUUCCUCUCCUUCCGUUUUUAAACAGUUUUAAGAUUGUAUCAGCUACAACGAGUGGAGCAAUAUAACCAGCCACGAUGGGUGACAUGACAAACAGCGAUUUUUAUUCCAAGAACCAAAGAAAUGAGGCCAACCAUGCAGGAGAGUUUGGGUGCACACUGCAGGAACUGCGCUCCCUCAUGGAACUCCGAGGGACAGAAGCAGUAGUAAAAAUUAAAGAGACUUAUGGGGAAACAGAGGGGCUCUGCAGACAUCUGAAGACAUCACCAACAGAAGGAUUAGCUGGCACUGCUGCAGACCUAGAAAAAAGAAAGCUUAUUUUUGGAAAAAAUUUUAUACCUCCAAAGAAGCCAAAAACAUUCAUACAGCUAGUUUGGGAAGCGUUGCAGGACGUGACUCUUAUAAUCUUGGAAAUUGCAGCCAUCAUAUCUUUGGGGCUUUCGUUUUAUCAGCCACCUGGAGAAGGGAAUGAAGGGUGUGGUACUGCAACAGGAGGAGCUGAGGAUGAGGGGGAGGCCGAAGCUGGCUGGAUUGAAGGUGCUGCCAUCCUCCUGUCUGUCAUCUGUGUUGUCCUGGUCACUGCCUUCAACGACUGGAGCAAGGAGAAGCAGUUCCGCGGGCUGCAGAGCCGCAUCGAGCAGGAGCAGAAGUUCACCGUGGUGCGAGGGGGACAGGUCAUCCAGAUCCCCGUGGCAGAGAUCGUGGUUGGGGACAUUGCACAGGUGAAAUAUGGUGACCUCCUACCUGCUGAUGGGAUCUUUAUUCAAGGAAAUGAUCUCAAAAUCGAUGAGAGCUCUUUGACUGGAGAGUCCGACCAGGUCCGCAAAUCCGUGGACAAAGACCCGAUGCUGCUGUCAGGCACCCACGUCAUGGAGGGCUCUGGGCGGAUGCUGGUGACUGCUGUGGGGGUGAAUUCCCAGACUGGCAUCAUCUUCACUCUGCUGGGAGCUGGGGGAGAAGAGGAGGAGAAGAAAGACAAGAAAGGUGUGAAACAGGAGGAGGAACAGAAGCUUCCAGAUUCUUCCCAUCCCUCCUCCCACCCUCCUCCAGCCACAGAUGGUGCAGCAGGUGCAAAUGCCACUGAUAAUGCAAAUGCCAGCUUAGUCAAUGGCAAGAUGCAGGAUGGGAAUAUGGAGAACAACCAGAACAAAGCCAAGCAGCAGGACGGGGCUGCUGCCAUGGAGAUGCAGCCGCUGAAGAGCGCAGAAGGGGGAGAGGGAGACGACAAGGACAAGAAGAAAUCCAACAUGCACAAGAAAGAAAAAUCCGUCCUUCAGGGAAAGCUGACCAAGCUGGCAGUGCAGAUUGGCAAAGCAGGUCUGGUGAUGUCUGCCAUCACUGUCAUCAUCUUGGUACUGUAUUUUGCCAUUGACACCUUUGUGGUCAACAAGAAGCAGUGGUUGCCUGAGUGCACUCCUGUCUACGUUCAGUAUUUUGUUAAAUUCUUCAUUAUUGGUGUUACUGUGCUCGUGGUUGCUGUUCCUGAGGGACUCCCACUUGCUGUCACUAUUUCUCUGGCUUAUUCUGUAAAGAAAAUGAUGAGGGAUAACAACCUGGUGCGGCACCUGGACGCCUGCGAGACCAUGGGCAACGCCACGGCCAUCUGCUCGGACAAGACGGGCACGCUGACCACCAACCGCAUGACCGUGGUGCAGGCCUACGUGGGCGACGUCCACUACAAGGAGAUCCCCGACCCCGACUCCAUCCCUGCCAAAACCAUGGAACUGCUGGUCAAUGCAAUUGCCAUCAACAGCGCUUACACUACGAAAAUUCUGCCACCAGAAAAAGAGGGCGGGCUGCCCCGCCAGGUGGGCAACAAGACAGAAUGUGGCCUCUUGGGCUUUGUCCUGGAUCUGAAGCAGGAUUACGAGCCCGUCCGGAGCCUCAUCCCCGAGGAGAAGCUCUACAAAGUUUACACCUUCAACUCCGUCAGGAAGUCCAUGAGCACGGUCAUUAAAAUGCCGGACGGCAGCUUCCGCAUGUACAGCAAAGGAGCCUCCGAGAUUGUUCUCAAGAAGUGUUCCAGGAUCCUCAACGCAGCUGGGGAGCCUCGGAUCUUCAGGCCCCGCGACAGGGACGAGAUGGUGAAGAAAGUGAUUGAGCCCAUGGCCUGUGAUGGGCUGAGAACCAUCUGCGUGGCUUUCAGAGACUUCCCCAGCAGCCCUGAGCCUGACUGGGACAAUGAGAAUGACAUCUUAUCCGACCUGACCUGCAUCUGUGUUGUUGGCAUUGAAGACCCAGUAAGGCCAGAGGUGCCAGAAGCCAUCCGGAAGUGCCAGCGAGCCGGGAUCACCGUGCGCAUGGUCACCGGGGACAACAUCAACACUGCGCGUGCCAUCGCCAUCAAAUGUGGCAUCAUCCACCCAGGAGAGGACUUCCUCUGCCUCGAGGGGAAGGAGUUCAACAGGAGGAUCCGAAAUGAGAAGGGAGAGAUCGAGCAGGAGCGGAUUGACAAAAUCUGGCCAAAGCUCCGGGUGCUUGCUCGCUCUUCCCCCACGGACAAACACACUUUGGUGAAAGGUAUUAUUGACAGCACACAGGUGGAACAGAGGCAGGUGGUAGCUGUGACUGGGGAUGGAACCAACGAUGGACCAGCACUUAAAAAAGCUGAUGUUGGCUUUGCAAUGGGCAUCGCUGGCACGGACGUGGCCAAGGAGGCCUCGGACAUCAUCCUGACGGACGACAACUUCAGCAGCAUCGUCAAGGCCGUCAUGUGGGGCCGCAACGUCUACGACAGCAUCUCCAAGUUCCUGCAGUUCCAGCUGACCGUCAACAUCGUGGCUGUCAUCGUGGCCUUCACCGGUGCCUGCAUCACCCAGGACUCUCCCCUGAAGGCUGUGCAGAUGCUGUGGGUGAACCUGAUCAUGGACACAUUCGCCUCGCUGGCGCUGGCCACGGAGCCGCCGACCGAGGCGCUGCUGCUGCGCAAACCCUACGGCCGCAACAAGCCACUCAUCUCCCGCACCAUGAUGAAGAACAUCCUGGGCCACGCUGUCUACCAGCUCACCCUCAUCUUCACCCUGCUCUUUGUCGGUGAGAAAAUGUUUAAGAUUGACAGUGGGAGGAACGCCCCGCUUCACUCUCCUCCUUCUGAGCACUACACCAUCAUCUUCAACACCUUUGUCAUGAUGCAGCUCUUCAACGAGAUCAACGCCCGCAAAAUCCACGGCGAGAGGAACGUCUUCGAUGGCAUCUUCAGAAAUCCCAUUUUUUGCACUAUUGUCCUGGGUACAUUCGCUAUCCAGAUAGUAAUUGUCCAGUUUGGAGGAAAACCAUUCAGCUGCUCUCCCCUGCAGCUGGACCAGUGGAUGUGGUGUGUAUUUAUUGGAUUAGGAGAGCUGGUGUGGGGUCAGGUCAUUGCAACCAUCCCAACAAGUAGGCUAAAGUUUUUAAAGGAGGCAGGGAGGCUCACUGAGAAGGAGGAGGUCCCUGAGGAAGAGCUCAAUGAAGAUGUUGAAGAAAUAGAUCACGCAGAGAGAGAGCUCCGACGUGGACAAAUCCUCUGGUUCCGAGGGCUCAACAGAAUCCAAACCCAGAUCGAAGUAGUCAAUACUUUCAAGAGUGGCACUUCCUUUCAGGGGGCUCUCAGGAGACAGUCCUCCGUCACAAGCCAGACCCAGGAUAUCCGCGUCGUGAAGGCAUUCCGUAGCUCUCUCUAUGAAGGUUUAGAAAAACCAGAAUCUAGAACCUCUAUUCACAACUUUAUGACUCAUCCUGAAUUUAGGAUAGAAGAUUCCCAGCCCCACAUCCCACUCAUUGAUGACACAGACCUAGAAGAAGACCCUGCUCUCAAGAAAAACUCGAGUCCACCGUCCUCGCUGAACAAGAACAACAGUGCUAUCGACAGUGGAAUCAAUCUUACAACUGAUACAAGUAAAUCAGCUACCUCUUCUAGUCCAGGAAGCCCAAUACAUAGCCUGGAGACAUCACUUUAGCUGAAAAGGUCACUGCAAAAAAAAAAAAAAAGAAAAAAAUGAAAUAGAAAAAGUUAAAGUAAAAUAAAAUAAGAAACCCCACAGCAACCGAGAUAUAUAAAUAUAUAUAUUAAAAACAUUGCUGGCUGAAAAGCUGUUUGAACUCUUAUUCACUCUGAGACAAGUGAAUGAAUUGUUGAUCACAAUGGUUUUGGGGAAAGAAUGAAUGGCUGAUUUACAUACCCCCCGUUCCCUUUCAGAAAAACAAAAACAAAAAAAAAUCCUCCUGCAUGAAUGUACUGUACACUGCUGGCCCUUCUUUCUCUCUUUUUGUUCGUUUUUAUUUCUUUUUUGUUUUGGUUUUUUUUUUGUUUGGUUGGUUUUUUUUCCUCCUUAAGCAGGAACUGCAGAGGACUUCUUUCUGAGGCUAUUUAUCCAAUUCACUGGUCUGUGAGUUUUUUGAAAUGCUUGUGUGGCAUGGACUCAAUUGUAUAGAUUAAUUUAAAUAACUUUUUUGAAGUUGCAAAGCUUAACUUGCACAGUAGAUUUGCACCAGUUGGACAGAGGAACUUAAACAUUUAUGAGACUAUAUAUAGAGAUAUAUACAUAUAAGUAUAUAGAUAAUUAAUUAUAUAUAUGUAUAUAUCUAUCUAUAUAUAUAUAGUUAUAUAUAUAUAAAGUUUCUUUGUUGGCAUGUUGCCUUGUUUCUGCUCAAAUUGCUCUGACUAUUUUAACUUAUUUAUGUCCUAAAAAAGAAUGUAAUUUGUUUACAAACCUGUAGAUAAUAUCCUUAACUAUUUGUAGGGUUAAGAAAGCACUUCCUGCCGAAGUAGUAUAAAAAUGGCUCAGCUCAGCUCAUUGAAAAUGUCUGUACUCUCGCACCCUGGAUAUUUUAUUACAACCGUGCUCUGAUUUCUGCCUGAUUUCUUUUUUUUUAUUUUUCCUUUUUUUUUUUCUUUUUUUUUUGUUUUUUUGUUAAUAAUGUAGAUACUGCUAGUAAAUAACAAAAGAAGCCAAAAUAUAACACAUUGGAUGUAGCAUUGUGAUCCUAUAUACAGGGAGGUAAACCAGGCUUCCUUUGUUUCAAAUAAAAAUCAAAAUGAUCAGGUUCUCUCCUUUUUUUUUUCCCUUCCUUCCCUCUGAUAAUCUGCUUGAACUCGUUUUGGUGCAACAUACAAUAAUGGAGGCUAUUUCAUUCUUUAGACAUACAGCAAUGGCUUCGAAAACUAUUUUUAGAGAGACAUUAAAUGAGUUUAUAAUUUAAAAUAAGUUAUAUUUGGUUUGUCUAUAUGGAGAUAAAACAGAUGUUAAAAUCUUGUGAUAUACUGUGUUAAUCCUUUUCAAUUAGUACUUUAGGCAUUUAUUUCCUUCUUAUUUGCAAAGUAUGGGCUGUUGGCAUUUUGGAUGAAAAUCACUGUAGGUUAUUGCUUUGAUUUUAUUUUUUUUUAAAGAAAAAUAUAAUUUCUGCACUAUUAGGACUGAACGAAUCUUUAUUAAUUGUGUAUUGAGAUGUGCUUUGUGUGAUUUUUUUUUCUAACCGAGCUUGUGUUCCUGUAGUAACACAGUAAUACAUUAUUUUACCUUGAGCUUUCUACCUAGAAAGCUGCUUUGAAAACCUGCAGUAUGGAAGGUGGAAAACAUUUUUCAAGAUGGUAACAGCCCUAAAGCCGUAAAAAUUAUGAGCUUAUACAAUUGCUAUGUCAACCACUUGAAUGCUAAGCACUUUGUGGAUCACAGAUUUUUCAUAAAUAAUUUUUGUAUUUAAUAUAAAGUUUGCUUGGAGACUUUUCAGCAUAUGAUUUUUUUUCCAUAACUGUACAGUGCAAAAGACAUUUGGAAUUACACAGUCGAUUAUGCCAGGCGUGUUGGAACAAAACACCCUCCAACCAUCUCGAUCAAUUGAGUUGUUAAGGUGUUUUUCUGGUUGUCUUAAAGUUGGCUCCAUGCAGUGGUGCAUCUCUGCAGUCACAGCAGCUUAACCAAGCCAGAACUCUCCAAACCAAGCUUAGACUCAUGGCCAAACUGCAGACUGAACCCAGAUGUUUUCAGGGUGCAUCAGGACUAUCAGCCAGGUAAAGCUCUCAGCAGCUUCCCCUGCCAGCUGCCGGACUCUGGGCUAGGAGCUCCUGUGCUUUGGGCUCAUCCCUGGCUCGGUGGCCCAGGCUGAGGCCAGCAGGGUGGGCAGGAGCCCCGAGCUGUGGCAGCUGGCUGGCAGCAGCCAGGGCUGGGCACCCAGGCAGGACGGUGCUCUGUAAAUCGCUGAUUCCCCCUGUACACCACCGAUGGGCUCUUGGGGCCUGCUUGGGAUCUCUGGCCAGAAGACAAAAGUGGUAUCUAUUUACAGGGAAGCCUCUAGCUUUGGACUUGAACAUCUACAGAAGCUAUUAAUACUGGAACAGUUUCUUUUCAGCAUCUUAACACACUGACUGUUUGCCUUUUUGUUUUCGAACGCUCUUCAUGUUUUUUCCAUUUUAUUUUUUUUUUUAAUUUUUUUCCUGUAGGAGUACCCCUCCCUAAGGUACCAUUUGCAGACUUGAAAACUGUUAAGAAAACGAACACUGCAUUCUGUGUAUAUAUAGUAAAACAUAUAUAAACUGAGAUGCAUAGAAAACUUGGGCUUUUGUGAGCAGAGACUGUGCUUUAUGUAUAUGAUAAAUGAUAGACUUUUUUUUUUUUUUUUUUUUUUUUAAAAGCAGAAUAGCUAUGACCUUUCAACUACAAGUCGUGCAUCACAAUUCCUUUCUUUUAUUGCUUGACCUCUCUGUGAUGGGAACAAUGGAUCAAAAACCAAAAUGAUCAGUUUGUUAAAAUUCCCUGCAAUAUAUAAAUGCUCGCUCUCUACGUACUGUACUUAGCAGCAUGAGAUUUGUGGACAACAAUACAGUGGUACAUUGGCAAUCCAUCCCACUAGGGGUUAUUAAUAUAUGUUCAUUCAUCUGUUUUUAUGAAUUUUUUUAUCUAGACAAUAAUUGUAAAUAAAGAACUUACUCUGUCUGUUCAUUUAAUACUAUGCAAAAGGUUAUGCUUUCUAUUGUUAUUCUUAUUCCUACAGUGUGAUGCUGGAAUGUUUGUGGUUUCAAAAAAAAAACAAACAAAAAAGACAAAAGUAAGUAAAAUAUGUGAUGUAAAUUAUUUUAUAGUUUGAAACAAAAUGAUAAAGUUUUACUCUUGCUGCUUUCUGUCUAAUAGAUCUCUCUUGGCAGGAGCACAAGUGGAAAAUUUAAAGAAAUAAAUUCACAAAGCAGCAUGAACAAUAA